UGUCCCUGUGUCCUCAGGUCCCACAGCCAUGGCCAGGCUCCUGCUCACCUGCCUCUUGGUGGUCCUGCUCCUCGGCAUCUGCACCGACGUCGCCUUCUCCAAGAAGGGCAAAGGCAAACCCGGCGGGGGCACGGGGCUGGGGGGCUACGCCAUGGGCAGGGCCAUGUCGGGGAUGCACUACCGCUUCGACAGCCCCGACGAGUACCGCUGGUGGAACGAGAACUCGGCGCGUUACCCCAACCAGGUGUACUACCGCGACUACGGCGGCUACGUCCCGCAGGACGUCUUCGUGGCCGACUGCUUCAACAUCACCGUCACCGAGCACAGCAUCGGCCCCGCCGCCAAGAAGAACGCCUCGGACGCCGGGCAGGCCGUGAACCAGACGGAGGUGGAGCUGGAGAACAGGGUGGUGACCAAGGUGAUCCGGGAGAUGUGCAUCCAGCAGUACCGCGAGUACCGCCUGGCCAACGGCAUCCGGCUGCACCUCGCCGACGCCUCGCUCGCCGCCCUCCUGCUCCUCGUCCUCUUCGCCAUGCACUGAUGGGUCCCGGGAUCCCACGGCUUUGAGAUGUCACCCGUGUCCCCGGGGGGACCCCCCGCCCUCCCCGUUCUUGCUUGCGGUCGUCGUCGGUGAAGAGCCCUUGGGGCGCACGGGCGCCGGCGCUCCCCUCACCUCCUUGGGGUUCACUCCAUCAGCUCCUUGGGGUUCACCUCCAUCAGCUCCUUGGGGUUCACCUCCAUCAGCUCCUUGGGGUUCACUCCAUCACCUCCUUGGGGUUCACCUCCAUCACCUCCUUGGGGUUCACCUCCAUCACCCCCUUGGGGUUCACCUCCAUCACCCCCUUGGGGUUCACCUCCAUCACCCCCUUGGGGUUUACCCCCAUUGCUUCCUUGGGGUUGUCUCUGGUUUAGGCAACUGGAUGAAAAUUUCCUUCUCCGCUCCAAACACGUCCCCAGUGAGGCAGGACAGCUGGAUGUACCCCAAAAAACAUGGCCUUCACCACCUCCUCCUCCUCGGGGCCACCCCGAGAGGGACCAGGCAGAGGGGACCUCUCCUUGGCAUCCUUGCAAGAGCAUCUCCAAAAAUGCCCUUUGCUAAUGAGCAGGGUUUUAUUUAACCCCCUCAGUCCCGCUGCCACCCCUUUCCCUGGGGCACCCAAGCACCUCUAUCCCCCCGGAUAGGGGCAGAUAUGGGGUUUUCAAGCAACAAGCUGCCAGGUUGCAAUUUUAACCCUUUAAUCCUAAAAGAAACCCCUUCCCCAUGUACAUAUUCCCACACCUUUGCAUGCUGCAAAACCCUCCUGCAGCAACACACCAAAAUAAAGUCAUUUUUUAUUCCCCCCCUCGGCAAGGCUGAAGCGCCGGUCGGUCUUUCUCAGCCUGCCAAAGGCAAAAAGUGCUGCUGAAUGCCCAAAAUACCCCCAAAAUGGGGUGUUACAGCCUGAGAAAAGGCUAUUUUGGAUGCUACAGGUGACAAGUCACACUCAUACUCCAGCACCUUGACCUAGAGGAAGUUAAAAUGCAGCCAAAAGGAUGCUCAGGGCGGGUCAAGCACUUAGCAAGAGACUUAAAUCAGGUGAAUCAUAGAGUCACAGCACCAGGAAAAACAAGCCUGGGAUGCAAGAUGCUUCAUAAAACCCACACUUGUGAGUAAUUUCUGUGGCACAUGGAAGCAGCGGGUGGAAUUCUUGCUUCUCACGAGCCGGGUCGUGGGGGACCCGCAGCCUCUGCAAUGCUUGUUUGACCCAGUUCUAUUUAAUAUCUCGUGCAUUUUUUUUUGCAAGGCACUGAAAUGAGUUGGUUUUUUUGCAUCAGUGUAAGCUAAGUGAAGAAAUAUAAAUAUAUAUAUAUAUAUAUAUACACACACAAACAGAGAGGAAUCUUUUGGGAUCCCCACUGGAGAAGCAGGGCUUUGAGGUUCCCGUACUUUGUGAUACGCGGAUGUUUUGUAAACCCCUGGCGGCGCGUGCUCGGGAUCUGCAGUUCUGAUACUUUUCUAAGUGUUCUGGUACAGAUUAAAACAGAUAAAGCCAAGAUGCACCAUCAGCCUCCUUCCUGGAAACAGCUCUGGGCCCAUCCCCCGGAGCCAAAAGCUGCAUUUUGCAUUUUCUGGCCUGUGGGAGCCCUUUGUUCCCAUUAGACACCAAAUUUGGCCUCAACCCCACAAUCUCAACCCAACAGUCUCAGUUAACCCUUUCCCCUCCCCCUGCUCCCACUAAUGGUGUCGCUGAAGUCCAACAAAACAUUUUCUAAUUUCUGUCUAAUUCUAAUUUCUGUCUAAUAAAGGAGUUUUUACA